AUGAUCUUACCCGCAACUACUCUGCUUUUCCUUCCUCAAUACAAUGCUUCCUCACUCUCUCUCUCUCUCUCUCUCUUAAUUUUCUUCCGAGAUGAGAUGAUGAAAAUACAGAGAUGAUAAUAACACCGACGUGAAAUAUAGAAAGACGGCAAAGAGACAAGGAAGAGAGCUUUUGUUUCUUCGAGUUUUGCUUUCCAUAUUCUGUUAAGACUGUCAAGAUUGUAGGUAGGUCGAGGUUGUUUGGAAGUUCAAUGCUCAGGGGAGCAAGGAAUAGUGGAAUACUGCUAUAGUUCUUAACCUCGAGAUUUGAUUCUAUCUCUAGUGGCAAACACCUUUUGUUUCACUGAGCAUAAAUCUCUCCUUCUCUCCUCCUAAAAUUACCGGGUUUUCUCGAGAGGGGACGAGUACUUUAAAGAAUCAAAAUAUGGAGCUCCUGGAUCUUUUUGUUGUUGCAACAAUACCAGUCCUCAAAGUUCUUAUAGUGACUGGUGUAGGAUCUUUUCUUGCAAUAGAUCGCAUAGAUAUUUUGGGGGAAGAUGCAAGGAAGCAUUUAAAUCGUGUUGUUUUCUUUGUGUUCAAUCCAGCACUUGUGGCUAUCAACCUAGCUAGAACAAUAACAUUUGAAAGCAUGGUUAUGUUGUGGUUCAUGCCAUUCAAUAUUCUUCUCACAUUUAUCAUUGGUUCAGCAUUGGGAUGGAUGGUUAUACAAAUCACAAAGGCUCCUUCAAAUUUAAGAGGCCUUAUCCUGGGUUGUUGUUCUGCAGGGAAUUUGGGAAAUAUGCUUCUUAUCAUCAUUCCAGCAGUCUGUAGAGAGAAAGGCAGUCCAUUUGGAGCAAAUGAUGUUUGCUAUAAAUAUGGCAUGGCCUAUUCUUCACUUUCUAUGGCGAUAGGGGCUGUUUACUUAUGGUCUUAUGUCUUCAAUAUUGUGCGGAUAUAUUCAAGGAGCUCAAGAGGUGUUGAAGUAAAUGAAUCCAUAAUUACUUCAGAGUUCCCUCAAGAAUCCUCAAAGAUUCCCGUGGGAAGUUCCACAGAAGCACUACUUCCUUCAAAAGACUAUUUGAUCUCUGACAACUAUGAAGAUCAAUUUUCCCUGCACUUCACCACAUAUGAAAGAAACACAGAGGUGCCAAUUUCUGUUAAGAUUAAAAAACAUUUAAAGAAUCUUUGUGGAAAGAUCAGCCUGAAGGCAUUGUUCGCACCUUCAACUGCUGGAGCGGUUGUCGGGUUUGUUGUUGGAAUUAUCCCCCAAAUUCGAAGGGCUAUGAUUGGUGAGACAGCACCUCUUCAUGUAAUUGGAGACUCUGCUUCUUUGCUGAGUGACGGAGCCAUCCCAAGUGUCAGCCUGGUAAUGGGAGCAAAUCUUCUUAAGGGUUUACAAAAGUCAGAAGUUCAGUUGUCUAUCAUAUUUGGGAUCAUCAUAGUUCGAUAUAUUGCACUGCCUCUAUUGGGAAUUGUCAUUGUCAAAGGAGCGAUCCAUUUUGGUUGGGUGCACUCAGAUCCGUUAUAUCAGUUUAUUCUUCUGCUUCAAUUUGCACUUCCACCAGCAAUGAACAUAGGAACGAUGACUCAAUUAUUUGGGGAAGGUCAAAGUGAAUGUUCUGUCAUCAUGCUAUGGACUUAUGCAUUAGCUUCAAUUUCCCUUACAUUGUGGUCAACCUUAUUCAUGUGGCUCGUAGCCUGAUUUUGUUUUCCAACUGUUAUAAUGGUCAUUUUUUCAUGGCUCGAUAUAGGGCCAUGCGCUCUCAAAUUGGUUGGGUCGAAUGCCCAGAGUGUUGACUGCUAUAAUCCAACCACAUUGAAUGUCACAACAGUGGUAAUAUAGAAAAAGCAUGGCUGGAUAGAGCCGCCCAAGAGUGAGUGAAUUGGUCUCUCUCUCUCUCUCUCUCUCAGAUCGGGUGAUAAUUGCUGCUUGAAUAGAACUUGCAAAACAUGUCACAGAAAAGAACAUUCAUCUAAAGCGAAAAAAGGUACUUUCAGUUUUGUUGAAUUGAUUAACAAAACCAGGCCACUUGAAUAGGUUGAAAACAAUCAUCAACCAUUACACGCAAUUUCGAACCUAACCAGAUACGCUUGAGAAAAGCAUGAAAAAAAAAA